GCCGGCCGUCGCCGAGCUGACGUCAUCGGCGUGCGCUGCCACGUCUGCUCAGCUCCCCGGUAAUGGAGGCUGAGGAUGAGUGCUGACGGGGCCGGCCUCUGCCUCUAGCUUUGGCUCUGGCUCUGACUCUGGUACUGACUCAAGGUCUGGGUCUGGCAGCCUGAAGCCGGGACACCUUUUCUCGACUCUCCGUGAGGGGACAACGCACAGACAAGCAACUGGUUUGCAGCGCCUCAACGUGGGCAGGGAGUUCUGUUGCUUGGGGUCUAGCUGUAAAACCGCCGCCUCCUUCCAGGGAUCCCGCCCCGCUGGCCUGGCCUCCAUGCCGUUGAAACAGGCUGACAGCCAUUAACCUGGGUUGCAACUAUAGGAGGCACUGGAAGCAGACUGGUUCCCGGACAUGCCCGGUGGAAGGAGGGGCCCUAGUCGGCAGCAGCUAAGCCGUGCAGCCUUACCUUCUUUACAGACUUUGGUUGGAGGGGGCUGUGGCAAUGGAACAGGCCUGAGGAACAGGAAUGGUAGUGCUAUUGGCCUUCCGGUCCCACCUAUCACAGCCUUAAUCACCCCAGGUCCUGUUCGUCAUUGCCAAAUUCCUGAUUUGCCUGUGGAUGGAAGCCUGCUCUUUGAAUUUCUCUUUUUCAUCUACUUGCUGGUUGCUCUGUUCAUUCAGUACAUCAACAUCUAUAAAACAGUGUGGUGGUAUCCUUAUAAUCAUCCUGCCUCUUGUACUUCAUUGAAUUUUCAUCUCAUUGAUUACCACCUGGCAGCAUUCAUCACAGUGAUGCUUGCAAGGAGGCUUGUAUGGGCCCUCAUCUCAGAGGCCACUAAGGCGGGUGCAUCAUCAAUGAUUCACUACGUGGUUCUGAUAUCAGCUCGCUUGGUGCUACUUACUUUGUGUGGAUGGGUACUUUGUUGGACCCUCGUCAAUCUCUUCCGAAGCCAUUCAGUCCUCAAUCUCCUUUUCCUUGGCUACCCGUUUGGUGUUUAUGUUCCUCUCUGCUGUUUCCACCAAGAUAGUAGAGCUCAUCUCCUUCUCACAGACUUUCCCUAUGUGGUCCAGCACCAGGCAGUAGAGGAAAGUGCCUCAACUGUGGGUGGCUUGGCAAAAUCCAAGGACUUCCUCUCCUUAUUGCUGGAGUCUCUAAAAGAACAGUUUAAUAAUGCCACGCCCAUCCCCACCCACAGCUGCCCACUGUCUCCUGACCUCAUUCGCAAUGAAGUGGAAUGUCUGAAAGCAGAUUUCAACCACAGGAUCAAGGAAGUUCUCUUCAACUCUCUCUUCAGUGCCUACUAUGUUGCGUUUCUUCCCCUGUGUUUUGUGAAGAGUACCCAGUACUAUGACAUGCGCUGGUCAUGUGAGCACCUCAUUAUGGUGUGGAUCAAUGCUUUUGUCAUGCUCACCACACAGCUGCUGCCAUCCAAGUACUGUGAUUUGCUGCAUAAAUCAGCUGCUCACCUGGGCAAGUGGCAGAAGCUUGAACACGGCUCCUACAGCAAUGCUCCACAGCACAUUUGGUCAGAAAAUACAAUAUGGCCUCAAGGGGUGUUGGUGCGACACAGCAGAUGCUUAUAUAGAGCCGUGGGGCCUUACAACGUGGCGGUGCCUUCAGAUGUAUCCCAUGCCCGCUUUUAUUUCCUGUUUCAUCGUCCAUUAAGGCUGUUAAAUCUGCUUAUCCUUAUUGAGGGCAGUGUUGUCUUCUACCAGCUCUAUUCCUUGCUGCGGUCAGAGAAGUGGAACCACACACUUUCCAUGGCUCUCAUCCUCUUCUGCAACUACUAUGUUUUAUUUAAGCUCCUCCGGGACAGAAUAGUAUUAGGCAGGGCAUACUCCUAUCCGCUCAACAGUUAUGAACUCAAGGCAAACUAAGCUGCCUCUCGACAAUGAGGGAGAACUCAGAUAAAAAUAUUUUCAUACGUUCUAUUUUUUUCUUGCGAUUUUUAUAAAUAUUUAAGAUAUUUUAUAUUUUGUAUACUAUUAUGUUUUGAAAGGUGGGAAGGGCAAGGGAUAUUAAAUGUAUCCAUAAACAAGGUGAUGUGAUCUUUCAUGUGUUAGUAUAUUUGACUAAUAUACAGAGGAGAGGUGCGCCUCUCUAGUAAAGAGAUUGAUUUGUUUGUA